AUGUAAUAAGUACGAUAGAAAAUGAAGAACAGUUAGCUGAAUUAAUUACAGAACAGUCACAAAAAGUCGAAAAUGAAGUAUCAGCUGACACAGAACAUAUCACAGAACAACCACAAAAUAUUGAAAAUGAAGUAACAGAAACAGAAAAAAUUACAGAACAACCACAAAAUAUUGAAAAUGAAGUAACAGAAACAGAAAAAAUUACAGAACAACCACAAAACAUCGAAAAUGAAGCAUUACAUACAGAACAACAAUUAGCUACAACUAUCAAAUUAAAUAACGAAAACGCCAAUAUCAUGCGAACUAGAGCCAAAGAAAAUCUGGAAAAUCAAGCAAAAAAAAUGAUGGCGUGGUCGGAUAAGAAGCUAUUACCGGUGGCAAUUCAUUCAACUGUACGUGUUCCAGUUCCUGAGGUAGAUAAAGGACGUUUAGAUGCAAGAAGUAUACUGGCAAUUGUUUUAGAAGUGACAAGUGAUGGUUUUUAUCGAUUAGGAACUCGGGAUGGAGUUCUGAAGCAGUUAUAUGCCAGAAGUCAGUUUACAGUAUGUCAGAAAAAGCUACUACAAAUUGACGAGGUUCCAAUAGAGACAGAAGUGGCAUUACGAACAGUCGCAAAGGAACAGUCCACAGGAACUGGCCAAGGAUUUUUUAAAUGUAUUUGUAAGACCAAGUGCCAAAAUAAAAAGUGCAUUUGCCUUAAAAAUAAUGUUUUGUGCACUUCAAAAUGUCAUUUUUCUACAACAUGUUGUAAUAAGUAGCUAUUAGUUUAAGUAAAAUGUAUAAAUAAUAUUACUUAAUAAAAUAAUAUAAUACAAUAAUAAUAAUAAUAUCAAUGUAUGAAAAUAUAGUAAUAGAUAAAAAUUAAAAAUUAAUAUAAUGUUUUAACAGAUUAUGAAAAAUUGUUUGUUACUUUGCCUAAAA